AUGCCGCCAUCAUCCCACCGCAGUCUGCAAUUAAGCGGUGGGGCUGAGGCCCCUCUGAUUGCAUGGUCCAGACAGCCAUUUCAGACAGAAAAACACUCCGCCACUAGUGGACCCAAUUACUGGAGGCUUGACUUCGACUUGAAUGUACAGGUAACCAUACAUGUCUAUCGAGAAAAGAAAGAUGAUCUCGAUGUAGGUCACUGUUUUGGUAGUGUAAAUUUGAUUUUGGUAAAUAUGUUAAGAGAAACGGGUAUUCGAUUGGUCACCUCAGAUACCGUUUCUAACUGA